CCUUCUAUUACGCCGCCUCGCCCCCUCAACAGUCCUUCCGGCUUGACCGCCAUCACAGACAGCAGGCAUGGCUAUUCGCUACCCCAUGGCCGUUGGCCUUAAUAAAGGCCAUCCAGUUACCAAAAAUGUAACUGCCCCCAAACACAGCCGCCGGCGCGGGCGUCUGACCAAACACAGCAAGUUUGUUCGGGAUAUGAUCCGCGAGGUGUGUGGUUUUGCUCCAUAUGAGAGGCGAGCCAUGGAGCUGCUGAAAGUGUCCAAGGACAAGAGAGCUCUCAAGUUCAUCAAGAAGAGGAUUGGCACUCACAUUCGCGCCAAGAGAAAGAGAGAGGAGCUGAGCAACGUGCUGGCUGCCAUGAGAAAGGCUGCUGCCAAGAAGGACUAAUAUGUCACUUAAUAAACGUUUGCUAAAGUAAAAAAAAAAAAAAA